CAACACGAGAAAUACACGAGUACCAAAUAAGCAAUAUGGGAGACACCACGCUGAAAGAAGUUGUUGAAAAUUUGACCGAUAUUUCUCCAGGACCGGAGACAAAUGGCACAGCAAAGAUACCAGCAACGCCAGAGGGGAUGGCGGUUGCGUAUGGAAGUUUAGUUUUGAUGGCAUUACUGCCAAUUUUCUUCGGAUCACUUAGGUCCGUAAGGUACCAUAAGGAGCAAAAGGAAUCUGGAGAAAAACCUGAAACGAUGUCAAGUAAAGAUGCAGCCAUGUUUCCCAUCAUUGCCAGCUGCACCCUCUUGGGGUUAUAUAUAUUCUUUAAGAUUUUCUCCAAAGAGUACAUCAACCUACUCCUGACAUUUUAUUUUUUCUUCCUUGGAGUGCUUGCCCUUGCGCACAUCCUAAGCCCUGUAGUGAACAAGCUGAUCCCAGCAGCAUUCCCAGAUGAGCAGUAUCACUUACUGCUGAGAAGAGGGAAAGAUAAAGAAAAGAGAGAAGAUCUCAUGGACUAUGAGUUCAACAAUAAAGAUCUUGUGUGUCUUCUCUUGUGUGCUGGGUUUGGUGUCUGGUACCUGCUGAAGAAGCACUGGAUUGCCAACAACCUGUUUGGGCUUGCCUUUGCUGUCAAUGGCGUAGAACUGCUACAGUUGAACAGAAUCAGCACAGGCUGUAUACUUCUAGGCGGGCUCUUUCUUUAUGACAUAUUCUGGGUAUUUGGAACCAAUGUCAUGGUCACUGUUGCCAAAUCCUUUGAAGCGCCAAUCAAAUUGGUGUUUCCUCAGGAUCUCCUGGAGAAGGGGCUUGCAGCUAAUAAUUUUGCCAUGUUAGGACUGGGAGAUAUUGUUAUUCCAGGCAUAUUUAUUGCCCUUUUACUGAGAUUUGAUGUCAGUCUGAAGAAGGGUGGCAAGGUGUAUUUCUACACUAGUUUUGCAGCAUAUUUCCUGGGCCUAAUGACUACAAUAUUCAUCAUGCAUGUAUUCAAGCAUGCACAGCCGGCCUUGCUGUACCUUGUGCCUGCAUGUAUUGGUGCACCACUCAUAACUGCCAUUGUAAGAGGGGAACUUAAAGAACUGUUUGCUUAUGAAGAUAACCCAGAGAAACUGGAGGAGACAAGUGAAGAGGAUGAGAAAUCUACAGAGAACAAACAGACAUCCAAAGAGGACGGAAAAGAAGAAAAGAAAAUCAAAUAAUAACAUCUCAUUGAUAGAAUGAUAUACUUUUUUGUUUUUUUGAAGUAUAGUGCAUAUAUUUUCAGCUUUUUAUAUCACUAUUAUUUAUUUCAAAGUGAAUUGUACAGGUAGUGUACUUGGUUUCAAACAUGUUAUCAUUACAUCUGUAUGAUAAGUGAAAAGGAAAAAGUUGAACAUUGCUUGUUUCACUCUUUUUAGUAAUAUUAUUACUUUGUUGCAACUUGUUGGGAGAAUGGCAAAUAACUUUGUUCUCUAUUCCUGGAGAUUAUUAUGAACUAAAUUUUAUUGCCUUUGCCAUUUGGAAAAAUUAAUUGGGUAAAUGUGGUUUGGAAUGGAUGUCUAGUUAACAAUUUUCAUAGAAUGCUCAAACAAUAUUUAAAGUCUCACAUUAUUUAAUUUUAGUAACUAUUAUUUCCAUAAGAUACAUAUGGACAGAAACCAUUGUAAUACUGCACUCUAGGAUGCUGGAUAUUUAAGUGACACUGUUAUUUGCCGACCAGAGUAAACUCCUUACAUUUACGUUGUUAAUGUAAAAUAUCAAACAUCAGUCAAUGUCCUUUUUGACACUUGCCUAAUACAAUAG